CGAAAGUGGAAGGUAGUCAGCAGCAUCGCCAUAGACUUUGCUGCGUUCACUCUGAAAUGUCCGAGUUGCUAACUGGUUAUAGUUAUACACGAGCCCGCGGAAAUGUACGAGUUUCCUAGUUCUGAUUAGCACUUGAACGCGGCAUCAGUCUAUACGUGACGCUGACAACUUUUCACUUUCGGUUUUCUCCAAAUGCAUAGUACCACCAUACCUCAGUGGUGACGACCGUAUUUUCAACAAACCGACAACCCGAUAUAGUCAUGGAGGGAACAUCCGUGGAGGUUCUUGGCGUUCCCGACGAUAUCCUUGCCACUGUUAGAAUGGUCGACAAGCUCACAAUACACUUCCAACGACCAAGGAACGGGGGAGGAGAGGUGAAGAGAGUACAGUUUCCAGCCUACAGCCCAGGACAGGCCUUUGUCAUAUUUGAGGAACCAGAAGUGGCUGCUCGUGUUUUGCAGGAGACCCAUGUCUUAGAAGUGGAUGGACAACACUUUCCUCUUAAAAUCAGGAAAGCUGACAGGCCUGAGGUGGACAUGCCAGUCAAGGCCAAUCUGGAUGUGAGCAUGUUCUCCAUUGACAGCGAGAAGGCGCUCCAGCCUGUGAACGAGAUUCCCCAUGGUCAGCUACCCAUUCAGGGCUCCUUCCAACUGCAGCAGGUCUUACCCCAGGACACAAACACCCUGCGCCACAGCAGCCCUUCCCCAUCCAGUCUCAAUAGCCAUGCCUCUGGGGCCAUUUCCAAAUCCUCAAUCCGCUGCAACCCAUUUCCCAGCCGACAAGCAACGGGGUAUGUUGGGGACAACUUGACCCAUAUGAGGAACCCAUCCCCCAAGCCAGUGGAACCCAUCUCCCAGACCCAAUCUUGCAGUGAGGUCUUCUUCAUAACAGACGCAGAUGUGCUCAGUUAUGCCCUGUGCGUCAGGAAAAAGGACAUUGAUUCCAUUCUUGUAGGCCACACAACUCAAAUGGAUGUUAAGCCAGCUGACAGUUCAGACCUCCGCUAUGUUUUCCUUAAAGGGAAGAGUCCAGAGAGGGUUAUGGAAAAGCUGCAAGUUUUUCUCACCAAGCUUCAUUUAAGACUACGAACUCAAGAAAUCCCACUAUGGACACUCGAUCGCGACCGACAGGUUAGAAUUCAUGAACUGGUUCAGAAGUAUAAUAUAAUUUAUCCCACUGUCCUCGUCAAUCAGGUUGGAGAUCUCCUCCGCCUUGUAGGACCUUCCAAGGAAAGUUAUGAGAUGAAGCAGAGGCUCCUGGGAAAACCCAUACACCUGCUACCAGCUGGGCUAACAGGGAGGGUACUGGACAGGAGUGCCCAUAGUGCUCCUGGCCCAGUACCUGACCCUGUGUCUGCUACUGCACCAGAUUACUAGUAAAUUAACUACAUUUUGCAGUAGCUUGGUGGUAGUGGAGCUAAAUUCAAAUCUAGAUAGUGUUUGCAGUAGUUCAUUACUUGUUGUCAUGUAGCAGUGUAGCUAACUACUGGAACUACAUAUUACGUUUUAGCCAUGUAGUGGUGUAGCUAACUACUGGAACUACAUAUUACGUUUUAGCCAUGUAGCGGUGUAGCUAACUACUGGAACUACACACUACAUUUUAGCCACGUAGCGGGGUAGCUAACUACUGGAACUACACACUACAUUUUAGCCGUGUAGCGGUGUAGCUAACUACAGGAACUACACACUACAUUUUAGCUGUGUAGCUAACUACUGGAACUACACACUACAUUUUUGGCUAAAAUAAAAUGAGUGAAGUAGGCCAUCAUUUCCAUUUUUUGGCAUCAGACCAACCUGUUUCUCACUUGAAACAUAGUUUUUGUGUUUAGGCUAAAUUACACAUUCUGUUAAUAUAUGACCCCAAAGUGAUCUCUUGCAAUUUGUAGUCUGACAUUUCAGAUUUAGAUAUGAUACUUUUUCAAAAAGUAGUUUGGAUGUAGUGAACUACUUUUUCAAAAUAACUUUAAGUAAACAAUUUUUCUUAACUUCUUCCAGUGUGAGGUAAUUGGUAGCUUGCUAAACUAUCUUAUCUGAGUAGCUUUCCCAACACAGCAAAAUACCAGGGUGAGCCUGGCUCUCGUUCAUCCCAGGCAAAGCUAUUCUCUGUCCUGGCACCCAAAUGGUGGAACAAGCUUCCAGUUCUCCCUAAAAAUCAGGACAGCUGAGUCACAGCCCAUCUUCCGAAAACAUCUGAAAAGCCACCUCUUCAGUAUCUUUAACACCCUUGUUGACACCUACCACUACUCUUUUCUUACUCGCUUUGAUCAUUCAUUGAGGAAAAAUGUACUGACUAUGACUGUGUCAUGUGGUUGUCUCACCUAGCGAUCUUAAGAUAGAUGCACAAACUGUGCAGUGACUCUGGAUAAGAGCGUCUGCUGAAUGACAAAAAUGUCAUGUUUAAUGAACAUGGAAGGGUUGUACAAGGGGCUACAGUAGGCGCUGUGCCCUCUACACCCACUCCCAUUCACAGGGGAAGAAGUCACUCUGAUUCCCCGGCGAAAAUAAAAGAGCUUAGAGUUACACGGGAGGUCUUGAGGCAUGUAAGGUCAGAUGAUGUGGUGGUGCCCUCUGCUGGAACUCAAAUGCCAGUGGUGAAAAAGAAGUUCCAAAAUGUCCUACUAACAAUAGAAUGGAAGAAUGUGCUUUCAAUCAAGAAAAAGCCCUAGCAGGUUACUAGUUAGAUACAGACACCUGUAAUGAAAGUGGCUUGGCCUGUUUAUUUCUUGAAUGUCUUUAAUUUCAUAAUAUGAUGUGGGGUAAAAUGUUCAAUUCACAUGUAUACACAUUUUGUUUUGUAAGAUUUUUUUCUUCUUGGACAAAUUCAUUUCUGUAUUUUCUAAUAUUUUCUUUCUCAUGAUAUGAAUCUAUUCUAAAUGUGGUUUAUUUUUGUUUUGAGCGAUUGAGGGCAAUAAAAAUAUAUUAUAUUUGUGUUAA